AUGCGGUGGUUUCGCGACUAUCACCUCAGCGCCGCGCAAAGCCAGUCCCUAUUGAAUGUAUACAAAGAACGGGUGGCACCAAUGGUCAUGAUCUUCCAUAAACCCAGCAUUCGAAAACUAAUAUACAAAGCAUCAACCAAUGCUGAAUACAUUGAUCGGACAUCUGAAACAUCUCCCCACUAUCUUGGUGAAGAGCAUAGCACCGUACUCCAACGACUAGCACGAGGACUUAGAUUGCAUCGCGAUGGUACUAGGUUUGGGUUAACGCUGUUUGAUACUGACAUGCGACGGAGACUGUGGUGGUAUAUCUACUUAUUGGAUGUUCAGAUUUGCGAGUAUCAUGCCAUUAGCAGCGAGAUCGAGGAGGACAGUGUCGAUACCCAGCUACCAUUGAAUAUUGACGAUGCGGAGAUAUCUCCAGAAUUUAGGGAAAUCCCGAAUGAACGGACGGGCUUCACGGAGAUGACUUUCUGUCUAGCACGAUGUGAAAUGAUAACUCUCAAUCGACGACUUGCCCGUACUUCCUCGAGUCUUCCAUUGGAGCAGACCCUUCAAGAACUGAGCAAGAUACACACUCAUAUUCAAGGAAGAUAUCUGCAAUACUAUGACGUUUCCAUCUCAAUACAAUGGGUAACCGCCACAAUUCUCCGUUUAGUCAUCGCCCGGUUAUGGUUAGUUGCACACUUCCCACAGUUAACAUCCGACGACUCCUUACCUCUGGACAGUCCCACGCGCAAUCAACUCUUUCGGACGGCAGUGGAGGUCACAGAGUUUGCGUGUCUCCUCGAAACCGAUGAGAGAACCGCGAAAUGGUCCUGGCUGUUUAAGGGGUAUGUCCAGUGGCAUGCAAUUGCAUUCGUACUUUCUGAGUUGUGCAAUCGGGGAGAAUCUCCAGAGGACUUGCGCGUAUGGGCGGUUGUAGAAGGGGCUUGCAAUCGGUGGAAGGAGAGGGACUUUCAGGAGAAGGGGAUUGUAUUGAAAGCGAUUACGCGGUUAAUGGAGAGGGCUGCUAGGAGGCAUGGACGAUCAAUGCCUGUGUAG